CUUCAUUCAUUAUUAUUUUUGAUAUAUAGCAGAGUUGUGUGACUGUAGUCCGUUUUAAAUCGCCUCUUUAUGACAAGUUGAAACGCUUAGCACGGCAGCUUGAGUAACACACCUUACAUUUCGGCUAAUUGUUGAUAGCUAGUUAGCCGAGUAGCUAACGUGACUAGCCAUGUGUUGAUUGAAGACAUUAGUGAGGCCUGCAGGAUCCUUCUUUAUUGUGGAGGCUCCACUGAGGACGAGCACAACAACAUUUACCUGCUUUUUCCUCAGCAAGUGGACAGCUGCCCUUUUGUGCUUCGUGGUUUCCUUCAGAUUCAAAGACUGCAACUUUCCUGAGCAAAGAUGGAGGCUCCUCCUGUAACUGUGAUGCCUGUUACCGGGGGGACAAUCAAUAUGAUGGAGUACCUGUUGCAAGGCAGCGUGUUAGACCAGGCCCUGGAAAGCCUUUUGCAUCGACUCCGAGGUCUAUGUGACAACAUGGAACCUGAGACCUUUACUGAUCAUGAGCUGGUUUAUCUUCUGAAAGGCCAACAAGGCAACCCUUUCAUUCUGCGUGCCCGCCGCUCCCUCUCCCAUCCCACGGCUCCAUGGCAUCUACGCUACCUCGGGCAACCUGAAGUAGGGGACAAGAGCCGUCAUGCCCUGGUGCGCAACUGUGUUGAUGUGGCUGCCUCUCACAGCCUGCCAGAAUUCCUCAAUGAGAUGGGCUUCCGCAUGGACCAUGAGUUUGUGUCCAAUGGACAUAUAUUUCGCAAAGGUGUGAUGAAAAUUGUGGUAAGCAAACUGUCACGGAUCCUGGUACCGGGGAACACGGACAACAUAGAACGUCUAUCACUUUCAUACUUAGUGGAACUGAGUGUGUUGGCUCCCGCUGGCCAGGACACUGUUUCAGAGGACAUGCGCAGCUUUGCUGAGCAACUUAAACCCCUGGUUCACCUGGAGAAGAUUGACCCCAGCAAACAAAGACACUGAAUGAGAUAAUUACUACCCUGGACACAUUCGAACUCUUGUUUGUUUUGUAUGGUUUUUUUUUGGUGUUUUUUUUUACAAUAUUCUCAUGUUAUCUAAAA